AUGUAUCCCUCGCGGGAAACAUCUAGAAGAGAAACAUCGAUUGCUCAGGUUAAGCGAAACGAUAAUCCUAGAUCGACUGGAGAGUCUUUCGUAGAGGAUCUCGCUGUGGUUGCGCAACCCCAGCUAGAGGAAGUAAAGGGAAUAAGUCUCAAGAUUACAAAUACGGCGGAAAUAAGUUCCCCGAAACCCGCGGGAAUAAGUCCCCGGGAAGCCGAAGGAAUAAGUCCUUUGAGGCCUGAGGGAAUAAGUCACCAGGAAGUGACAGAGACAUUGAAUGUCAUCGUCAAUAACGGAUCAAGUGUAGGCGCUUAUACACUUGAUCUGAUUGCGCCUCCGAAGUUGACUUCGGAGAUCACUCAGUUGCCAACGCUCGAGCAUAAAAGGUUCUUGCGUGAUCUGCGUAGUGGCAAAGUCAAGCAGAUCUGCGUACUCGUCGCUGACGACGAGUGUGUAACCGACAUAAGGUCAGCAACAGUGUUUACUGAGAACGAAAGAGUUCUCAGUAGUUCAUCUAUGGACGAGAGUGUCCUAGAUGAAAAGACACGAAUUGAGCGAUAUGACUCCCAAUCGUGGGAAUCGCUCAAGAAAAAUCCUCUCUAUGAAGAUUUGGUUGAAUUCAAGGAUGUAUUCCCUGAAACUGUUCCGUGCGAAUUACCGAAGGAUAAAGGUAUUCGACACGAGGUCGAGCUUAAACCAGGCUCGAAGUACUGUGUCAUGAAGCAGUGGCCACUGCUUCGUGAACAAGUGCUUGCGAUCUACAAGUUCUUUGCCGAUCGUUCAGCUGCGGGCCAUGUGAGGGAAUAA